AUGUGCGUUAGCCCUUCUGCAGCACGCGAAGCGUUGUUGUCUGGGUUUGACUGCGAAGGUGCUCGCGUGUGUUUCUCCGCGAGGUGUUCAGUUUUCGAAGCCGUUGGGCGAGCACGCUCCGAUGCCAUUGACGAAGAGGCGGACGGACGCGCAGAGACCCAGGAAGAUGAAUGGGGGGCGAAAAAACUGGUAAUCGACCGCUGCUUGCUGUAUGAAGAAAGGCAGGAGUUCACAUGUCAGUACAAAACGAUAGCGCAAAGGCGGAGUGGUUGA